ACAAAGACGGACCGGAUUUCAGAAUGGCAAAAAUCAAAUAGCUGUCUACUCCCUAUAUCUACGCACUACACUGAGUAUUAAAUAACAACUUCUGUGCCCUAUGAAGUGCACUAUGUGUUAAUUAAUGCGUUAUGUUUGUGGUCGGCCUGCUUUCUGUUUUUAAGUUUGGCAAACAUGACGUCCUUUGACUUACCUAACUCGUUUUAGCAGAAGGUAGUUCGUUAAUGGCUAGCAAUGUACUCCGUCUAAUACGACCUUACAUUUUCAACUCUAACCCCGGUUUGUUGAGGUCUUACUCCAUGGAGGGUAUGGGCACGGCGAUCGCGACGAGUCGUUCCAAGCUCGAGCGGCUGGACUUCGAUAAUGUCGUGCUGAGAAAGCUCCCUGUGGAGGAGUCGGAGGCUCCUGGAGUGAGGACAGUCCGCGGCGCGUGUUUCUCCAGAGUCAUGCCGCAGCCGCUGGAGAAGCCUCGCUUUGUGGCGGUUUCCGGACCCGCCAUGGCGCUGCUCGGCCUCAGCGCGGAGGAGGUAAUCAGUGACCCUCUGGGCGCUGUGUACCUGAGCGGCUCCAGGGUGAUGCCAGGCUCUGAGCCCGCUGCCCACUGCUACUGCGGCCAUCAGUUCGGCCACUUCGCGGGGCAGCUGGGCGACGGAGCGGCGUGUUAUUUGGGUGAAGUGAAAGCUCCAGCUGAUCAGAGUCCUGAACUGCUAAAGGAGAACCCCAGCAGGCGCUGGGAGAUCCAGCUGAAGGGUUCUGGACUCACGCCUUAUUCCAGGCAAGCGGAUGGACGUAAAGUCUUGCGCUCCAGCAUCCGUGAGUUCUUGUGCAGCGAAGCUGUCUUUGCCCUUGGGAUUCCUACCACACGGGCUGGCUCUGUAGUGACCUCAGACUCGCGGGUCAUGAGAGAUGUGUUUUACAAUGGCAAUCCACGCAUGGAGAGAUGCUCGGUGGUGUUGCGCAUCGCUCCCACUUUUAUCAGGUUUGGUUCAUUUGAGAUUUUCAAACAGGAGGAUGAGCUCACAGGUCGGCAGGGCCCCAGCUAUAGAUAUACUGAGAUACGAACUCAAAUGCUGGAUUAUGUCAUUGAUACUUUCUACCCAGAGAUCCAGCAGAGCCACUCAGACCCAGUGGAGCGGAACACUGCCUUCUUUAGGGAGGUGACGCUAAGAACAGCCAGACUUGUGGCCCAUUGGCAGUGUGUGGGAUUCUGUCAUGGAGUCCUCAAUACUGAUAAUAUGAGUAUUCUGGGGCUUACACUGGACUAUGGACCGUUCGGCUUCAUGGACCGCUUUGACCCAGAGUUCAUCUGCAACGCCUCUGAUAAUUCUGGCCGUUACUCAUAUCGAGCUCAGCCAGAAAUCUGUCACUGGAACCUGGCUCGGCUAGCAGAAGCUCUGAACCCAGAUCUGCCCUCGGACCGGGCGCAGGCGGUGUUGGAGGAGUACUCGCCCCUCUUCAACACAUUCUACUUGAGCAAUAUGAGAAGGAAAUUGGGCUUGCUGAGGAAAGAGGAACCAGAAGAUGAGCUGCUCAUCACAAACCUAAUGCAGACAAUGCACAACACGGGCGCUGACUUCACCAACACGUUCCGCUGUUUGAGUCAGAUCUCAUGUCCUGCAGAAGGAGACACAGUGGAGGAUGCUGAACUUGUCAAACAGGCCACAGAGCUUCUGUUGCAGCAGUGUGCCUCUCUAGAGGAGUUAAAGGCUGCCAGCAAACCUAAUAUGGACCCACGUGAGUUCUCAAUGCUGCUCUCCUUGGCCCAGAGUAACCCUGCGCUGUUCGGCAUGUUGUCAGACCGGAGGACGUUGGCCCGACAGCUGGAGAAGCUCUCUAGGUUAAAGGAGCUGCUGGAAAGCACAGAGACGGACCUGAAGAACAAGCAGACGGAGGAAUGGACCUGCUGGAUUAAACAGUACAGGCAGCGUCUUGCUCGUGAGUGUGAGGGAGAGUGCGAUGUGAAGGUGGUGCAGGAGGAGAGGGUGCGUGUGAUGGACAGCACCAAUCCUCGUGUAGUGCUUCGAAAUUACAUCGCCCAGAAUGCAAUAGAAGCAGCAGAGAAUGGGGACUUCUCUGAGGUUCAGAGAGUUCUGAAAGUGCUGGAGAAGCCGUUUUGCGCGCAGGAGGGCUGGAUGGUAAGACGAGGAUCAGAGGAGGCACAAGAGAGGGAUGAAGAAGAGGGACAGAGAGAGGCUGAGGAGGAUGUUACAGGUGCAGAGAACAGAGUGAUUGUGUCUUAUGACAGCAAGCCCCCAGCCUGGGCUGCUCAAAUCUGUGUCACAUGAUCAUCCUAAAGCCUUCAGGACAAGUAGCCCAGAGAUUCAUGUCUCUGAGUAUCUGUCUGUGAAGGUUGUUUGAGGUACUAAACUCCUAUUAACCAGUUUAAGAAUAUACAGAAAAACUAAUGGCUGGAAUUAAAAAUUCUAUCCUGUAUAUUUGACUGGUUAUAAAUGAUGACUUGGACCGCCAGUCUGAGAGACAGGUCUUAGUCUGAAGACAGAGGUUUUAGUACCGUAUAUACCAAAGUGUGUGUGUGUGUGUGUGCGCGCAAAAAGUCUUAACGCACAAGAUAGGGAGCAGUUUGUAAGCUUCAAAAUGUAAGUGCACAAGUAGUUGAUUUGUCCAUCAUACAACAAAUUAUGUAUGUAGAAUUAAUAUGCAAUUAUGUUACGGGUAAUGAUAUGCAAAUGAGCUUAUCCUGGAUUAAUAGGUUUACAUUCCUAUACAGUGCCCUCCACUAAUAUUGGCACCCUUGGUAAAUAUGAGCAAAGAAGGCUGUGAAAAAUUGUCUUUACUGUUUAACCUUUUGAUCUUUUGUUCAAAAAAAUUCACAAAAAUACUCUGCGCUCAUGAAUAUCAGACAAUUGCAAACAAAACACAGGUUUAUAUAAAAAUAUCUUUGUUAAAUAUAGGUGUGCAACAAUUAUUGGCACUCUUUUAGUCAAUACUCUGUGCUACCUCCCUUUGCCAAGAUAACAGCUCUGAGUCUUCUCCUAUAAUGACUGAUGAGGUUCGAGAAUACAUGGCAAGGGAUCUGAGACCAUUCCUCCAUACAGAAUCUCUCCAGAUCAGGGGUGUCCAAUCUUAUCCGCAAAGGGCCGGUGUGGGUGCAGGUUUUCAUUCCAAUCAAGCAGAAGCCACACCUGAGUCUACUGAAAGCCAAGAUCAACUGAUUAAACAGGUAAAAUCAGGUGUGGCUCCUGCUUGGGUUGGAAUGAAAACCUGCACCCUCACCGGCCCUUUGCGGAUAAGAUUGGACAUCCCUGCUCCAGAUCCUUCAAAUUUCGAGGUUCACGCUAGUGGACUCUCCUCUUCAGUUCACCCCACAGGUUUUCUAUGGGUCUCAAGUCAGGGGACUGGCAUGGCCAUGGCAGUCAGGUUUUCAUUUAAUAUCUGUUAAUAUUUGAUAAAGUCCAUGAUGCCAUGUGUCUUAACAAAAUGUCCAGGUCCUCUGGCAGAAAAACAGCCCCAAAACAUUAAAGAGCCACCACCAUAUUUAACCGUGGGCAUGAGGUACUUUUCCAUAUGGCUACCUCUCUGUGCACCAAACCACCUCUAGUGUUUAUUGCCAAAAAGCUCUAUUCCAUUUGACCAUAGAACCUGAUCCCAUUUGAAGUUCCAGUAGUGUCUGACAAACUGAAGACCCUUGAGUUUGUUUUUGGAUGAGAGUAGAGACAUUUUUCUUGAAACCCUUCCAAACAACUUGUGAUGUAGGUGACUUCAGAUUGUAAUUUUGGAGACUUUCUGACCCCAAGAUGCAACUAACUUCUGCAAUUCUCCAGCUAUGAUCCUUGGAGAAUUUUUGGCCACUCGAACCCUCCUCUUCACAGUGCGUUGAGACAAUAUAGACACACGUCCUCUUUCAGGUUGAUUCAUAACAUUUCCAGUUGACUGGAACUUCUUAAUUAUUGCCCUCAUGGUGAAAAUGGGUAUUUUCAAUGCUUUUGGUAUAUUCUUAUAGCCACUUCCCAUUUUGUGAAGCUCAACAACCUUUUGCCACACAUCACAGCUAUAUUCCUUGGUCUUACCCAUUGUUAUGAAUGACUAAGGGAAUUUGGCCUAUGUGUUCCCUCAUAUUUAUACCCUUGUGAAACAGGAAGUCAUGGUUGAACAACAGUAUACUAAAAAUGUAAAAUAUCAGUGGCAGUAUACUUCAAAUUUAUUUUUCUCAUAUGAAUUCAUACGGUGCCAAUUAUUGUGGCACACCUAUAUUUAACAAAGUUGUUUUUUUUUUUUAAAUCAACCUGUUUUGUUUGCAAUUAUUUGAUAUCCAUGAGAGCAGAGUAUUUUUGUGAAAUUUUUUGACAAAAGCUCAAAAGGUUAAACAAUAAAGACAAUUUUUCACAGCCUUCUUUGCUCAUAUUCAAAGGUGCCAAUAUUAGUGGUGGGCACUGUUCAUUGCACAAAUGGAGCAUAAACCUGAAUGUAGGUCUUACUAUUUCUGGACUUUUAGAUGCUGAACAAUAAUUUCAAGUGGUACUGAUGAGCGUUGUGUAAGAAGAGUGAUUGUUUAACUUCAUAAUCAUUUAGAUGUAGAGCGCACAGUGGCUUAGUUAGCACGUUCUCCUCACACCUCCAGGGUUGGGGAUUUGAUUCACGCUGCUGCCCUGUGUGUGCGGAGUUUGCAUGUUCUCCCCUAGUCCAAAGACAUGCAUGGUAGGCUGGGUGGCAUGUCCAAAGUGACCGUAUGGUGUGAAUGUGUAUGUGAUCGUGCCCUACAAUGGAUUGUCACCCUGUCCAGUGUGUACCCGCCUUGUACCCCAUGCUCCCUGGGAUAGGCUCCAGGUUCCCUGUGACCCUGUAGGAUAAAUGGUAUAGAAGACUGAUAGAUGGAUGGAUCAUUUAGAUAUAAUAAACAUCUACCAAAGACAAGCUGUCCACGUUUUUUGUUCAUUGUUAUUUUUAUGAGCUAUUCAUUUUGUGUCAUCUAUGGUUUCAUGUGUGAUGCUUCAUUCUGAAGGUUUAUAAACUGAUGUGGAUUUACAUAUAUAAAUCAAUUUAUGACAUUAAAUGCAAAAUAAAGCAUCGUUGUAUUUACUAAUGCA